CCUGCAUAUUUUGUUUUUUUACAGAUAAACCUGCGGCUCAUUUUAGUCAGCGGGAAGACGAAAGAGUUCCUCUUCUCUCCCAACGACUCAGCAGCGGACAUUGCCAAACACGUGUAUGACAACUGGCCGAUGGACUGGGAGGAAGAGCAGGUCAGCAGUCCUAUCAUCCUGAGGCUGAUCUACCAGGGCCGCUUUCUGCACGGCAACGUAACACUAGGAGCUCUCAAACUGCCCUUGGGGAAGACCACAGUGAUGCAUUUAGUUGCCAGAGAGACUUUGCCUGAGCCAAAUUCCCAAGGUCAGAGGAAUAGAGAGAAGACCGGGGAGAGUAACUGCUGUGUCAUUCUGUAAAUACACACCACCCUCCCUCAACAUCCUGGACCUAAUGAGUCUGUCCCCUGUCCAGGAGCCUGUCCACAGUGCGGAUAUGCAUACAGACAAACACGCGCACACCCUUCUCUAUUUCUUUUGACCCCCUUCUCUCUCACACACAUAUAUACACACACACACACACACACACACACACACACACACACACACACACACACACACACACCUAUAGAAAGACAGCAGGCUCUGGCUGAUUCAGGACACAGAGUUGAGAGCAGGAAAUUGAUUAACAAUAGAGUUGAUUCCUUUGUUGUACUUGGUUUGUUGUCAUAACUGAAAAUGUGUGGAAGGAACUGGAUUUGCAUGUGUUUUUCCCCCCUUUUUUUUUCUUAAUGCACACCUUUUUAAGCCUUCUGCAACACACUUGUACACAAGCAUACAAGCAAUAGACACACACACUUUGUCUAGCCCCCCUUGGCCGGUGUGUCAAAAUACCUUUACUAACUGGCUCCUCUUUCCAGCUGGUUGUCAUAGUAAUGCAGUGCCCAAUUUUGUGUGUGUGGCCUUGUUUUCUCAUACAGAACGCUGACAAUUUUAACCACUAACAACUCGCCAACAAACCAACACACAUACACACACGCACGCACACACACACACACACUAUGACAUCCUGUAUACACAUCCUACCAUAUGUGCUUGUGUGAUCUCCCUCGGUGCAGCAGACUUAGACGUGCCUGAUCAGAAAACUCAAACCAGGACACACAAACACACAUAUAUAGACACACCGGUGUCCUUUUUACUGCCCUCAUCUGCCCUUAAAGGUCACAAGAGAGAAAUUAUUCCUUUUUGUCUGCAGGGUGCUGUAGAGACCGAUGCAUCCUACUCUUUCACUCGUCAUAUUCUUAGCCAAACAAAGCCUAACAAACAGACAAAUAGAGAAACAACCAGUGUUGGUGGUGUUGUUUUGGUUAUUUGUUUGUCCAUGACAUUUGUGACUGUGUUUUGACAGUCCAUGCAUAUUACUGACCGCCCAGUGUUGUAAAAAAAUGAAACGUCAUGUCAGUUACCUUCCCUCCCUGAUGCACCAUCCCCUCUCUCUGUGAGGAAAGGCUCAUUGUGCUUCUUUUCUAACUGUGUUGUGAAGGAUCUCUAUGACAAAUUGCUCUUGAGCAGGGAAAUUAGCUCGGAAUGAAAUUGUUCCUUAUUCGUCUUAAUUUGCUUCUUACUCUUUCCUUGAUUCUCUCUCUCUGCAUUAAUACAGUUAGUCCAUUUUGCACAACGGAAGCAUGUGCUCCUUCAUCAGAUUAAUUAAAAUGUAUACAAAGUUUUAUUGUUUUAUUUUAUAUUUUUCCAAUGGAAGUAAUGUUCCAAACUAAGGUAACGUGUAGAUUAUAUUUAAUAUGAAUCUUAUAUAGAACAUGAUGACUUUAGAUCUUGUUGAUAUACAGUAUAUUGGUGUUUAGUCCAUGAUUGUGUAUACGGUUAGCUUCUAGCCAGUUCACUGUCACUCGCUGACAAUGUCUUGUGCUUAACAGCAGCAACACCUCCCUAAUCAUUGACGGACUGUAUUUUUAUUUUCUCUUUUUAUUAUUUUUUCAUUUGUUUAUAAUUUAAUGUAAUCCUUUUUUUCUUUGUGAGUUUUUUUGCUUUAAAGAAUCGCUUUGUAACAGCACUAGGUCUUAAAAAAAAAAUAUAUUGUUUAUAUUGAUCAGGGUUCAAAUCUGUACAGAGAUAAAAGUUUUCAAACCAAUUGUAAAUAGCACUAAUGCUCCUUCUCCCCCAUUCAAACUUCAAAAUGGAAUACAUCUGUAAACAAAAUAAAGGUUAUUGAAGUGCA